AUGCUGCGUCUCAUCCCCAUCAUAUCACUCGCUACAAGCGCCCUCACACUCUCAAUCAAAUCAGCCUCCAGCAAUGCCGAACCAACCCAACUCCCUCUAGUAAUCUGGCACGGCCUAGGCGACGACUUCGAACGCGACGGCCUAAACUCCGUAGCGGACCUAGCCAAAACCACAAACCCAGGAACAUACGUGCACAUAAUCCGACUAGAAGAAACAGGCUCCGGCGACCGCCAAGCCACAUUCUUCGGAAACGUCAGCGCCCAACUCGAGACCGUCUGCGCUCAACUAGCCUCAGACCCAAUUCUAAGCACAGCACCGGCGAUAAACGCACUUGGCUUCUCCCAGGGCGGCCAAUUUCUCCGCGGCUACGUCGAACGCUGCAACACUCCCGCCGUCCACAACCUAGUCACAUUCGGCAGCCAACACAACGGUAUAUCCGAAUUCCAGUCAUGUGGAAUGGGCGACUGGUUCUGCAAUGCGGCUGAGAGUCUGCUGCGCGCGGGAACGUGGGCGGAUUUUGUUCAGUCGCAUGUUGUCCCUGCGCAGUACUUCCGGGACCCCGAGGAAUUGGAGCCUUAUCUUGAGCACAGUACUUUCUUGGCUGAUAUUAAUAAUGAACGGGCUGAGAAGCGGGAAGAUUAUAAGAAGAGGCUUUCGACGCUGAAUGGGUUUGCUAUGUAUAUGUUUGAGAAUGAUACUGUUGCUGUGCCGAAGGAGAGUGCGCAUUUUGCGGAUGUGAAUGGGACGGAUGGGACUGUUACGCCGCUGCAGAAGAGAAAGAUUUAUACGGAGGAUUGGAUUGGGCUGAAGGCUUUGGAUCAGCAGAAUAAGUUGGAUUUCAAGACUAUCCCUGGUGAGCAUAUGCAACUUUCUGAGGAUGUUCUUGAGAAGACAUUCAAGGAAUUCUUCGGUCCUGUGAGCUCUGUUGUUAUGCCUGCUCACGAGGAUGAGUCUCCGGGUUUGAUUGCGCAGCCUGCUUAA